GGCACACCAAGCAAAGCUUUUUAUCCCCAACACACCAACCAUGCCGAGAAGCGAUCAACGACCCGUUGGGGGACUCUUGGCUUCACCGUGGCGGAGAAUGCCUAGUGUGCAGCAGGCGGGAGUGGCGGCCGAACUCCUGGACUGGAGAAGCCAAAGGUUGUCAGUCAUGUACCAGUGCCCUGUUACUCACCCCUUUGGACCGGGGCGGGAGGAUCCUAAUCCACACCAGGGGAACUACCCAGCUCCAACAGAAACGUGAUGUGCUACUGGAGAAAGCAGUGCCUUACCUGACAUGGCGGACAUGCUCCAGCGCUGAUCAAGGUGACAUCCUAUCCAGGCAGGCUGGACGAACUCUUCUCAAACUUUUGGCAGCAACUGGAACGCCGGAAGCGCUCUCCUGCCCCUCCACCAAUGACUACCUGCUGCUUACCAUGGAGUUCCCCUCACAAGCUCUCAGAUCUACCAGCGGGGAAAGUUCCAACAUGGCAGCAGAUCAAGCAACGCACUUCACCCAGAAGCAAUGUGGCUCCACGGAAACCACUCAUUAG